GUACUCCUCCUAUGUCCUAUCCUAACAUUAUCUAAAACAAACACACACAAGUACACAACUAACACUUAUUUUCUUUUUCUUACUUUCCUCAAAAUGCUUCCUUUUUUCCUUGUACUUAUUCUUUCCCUAUCUUCAUCCGCCUUAACGAGUGAUACCGACUACUUCAUCGCAUGUGGCCUUCCUAAGUCCACCUUGCCCUCCUCCGAGGAUGGAAACAAAUCAUGGCAGAGUGACGACAAUCCAGCCUUCACUCCGCCAGAUUUUAACAAAAUCUCCUCUUCCGUCAGCGGUCUAGGAGACGAGGAUCCUUACACACGGGCCCGAAUAUUUGAGUCCGCGGUCACAUACUCAUUCCCGGUCUCACCGGGCCCUAAAUUCAUCCGACUUCACUUCACCACAACUGCCUCCUACACGUAUAACACCACCAUCGUCGCCUCCCAAUUCUUCGUAUCUGUUGAAGCUAACGGCUUUACUCUUCUUAACAACUUUAGCGCCUUCCUCAACAACCAAAAUUCCACCACAGGAUAUGAAGUGUACGAGUUCCAUGUUCCCGUGGAAAACGAUAAACCACUCAACCUAACCUUCUCCCCUCCUACAAAUUGUACUAGCACAAAUACCUGCUAUGCUUUCGUCAAUGGCAUCGAGAUCAUUGCUGUGCCCGAAGGCCUUUAUUUUAAUGCCACACGAUUGCCACGCCCUACUUUCAUCUCUAAUAAUGAGUACUCCCUCCAACAAGCUGCGUUCCAAACUGUUUAUCGGAUUAACGUUGGAGGGCCUACAGCUCCAGACUCAGGAGAGCUGGGCCGAAUUUGGGAGCCGGACGAUACAUACAUCGCUACUUUCUACGGUAAAAAUAUAUAUUUUCCGACAAUGGGUGGAAAUAUGUCUGUUAUAGAGUACACCCUCGUGCCAAGCUAUACAGCGCCACCUCAGGUUUAUGCUACUUUAAGGUUUAUAGGUUUGGAUUCUCCUAAAUCCGUAAGCAGAAACUUAACAUGGAAUUUCGACGUUGAUCCAGGGUUUGAUUAUUUGGUAAGGCUCCAUUUCUGCGAGCUAAGUGUGAACGUCACUGGAAUUCAACAAAGGGCGUUUGUUGUGUACAUGAAUAAUGAAUCGGGAGGUGUGGUUGAUGUGUGGAAGCUUACCGGAGGAUUGGGGAUUGCAGUAUUCCAAGAUUAUGUUGUAAGCUUGUAUGGUCAAAGUGAUGGCACCAAAGUUCCUUUAUCGAUUUCCCUCCAUCCUCUUGAUUCAUCUUCUCUAACCCAUGCUCUGGACGAUGUAUUGCUAAAUGGUCUGGAAAUAUUGAAGUUGAAUCAAUCGAAUGGAAAUCUUGUUGUACCUAACCAACCCUCAAUUGUUGUUCCUCCCCCUUCGUCGACUCAAAAUACAAGCCGAAAACACCAUGCCCUUCCAAUUGUUGUAGGCGCAAUCGGAGGUACACUUGUUUUGGCUUUCCUUGUCAUAAUUGCUUGCCUUAUUGUCUAUAAAAAGAAGGCAGCCGCGGAGGCUCUUAAGAAGAAAUCCAUGGCCACAAGCACCUCAAAUAAGGACAAGUGGGUCCAACCUCCAUCAUACUCGAGCUCCACUCCGAGCACUAGGAAUUCGUCCCUGCCGUCUGAUCUUUGUCGCCGCUUCUCGCUAGCCCAAAUCAGGGUUGCAACAUGUGAUUUCGAUGAGAAGUUGAUCGUAGGUAGAGGUGGGUUUGGAACGGUCUACAUGGGUUCAAUAGAGGGUGAAACCACCACAGUGGCUAUUAAACGUCUUAACUCUACAUCAAAACAAGGUACCCACGAGUUUCAAACUGAGAUCGAGAUGUUAUCUAGACUACGCCAUGUAAACUUGGUGUCCUUGAUCGGCUAUUGUGAGGACCAAGGUGAAAUGAUCUUGGUUUACGAGUACAUGUCACGUGGCACGCUUCGAGAUCAUUUGUUGUACAAUAAUCCUAGCACAAAUGAUCACACUAACAACAUAUCAUUAUCAUGGAAGGAACGACUCAAGAUCUGUGUAGGAUCAGCUCGUGGUUUACAUUAUCUACAUGCGGGUGCAAAGCAAGUGAUCAUCCAUCGAGAUGUAAAGUCUACCAACAUUCUCCUCGAUGAUAAGUGGACGGCCAAAGUCUCGGACUUUGGUCUAUCCAAGGUAGGACCCGACCUAGAUGGGGCGGGUAUUACCCACAUAAGCACUGCUGUUAAAGGCAGUGUCGGGUAUUUAGAUCCAGAAUACUAUCAACGUCGCCAAUUAACAGAGAAGUCCGAUGUGUACUCUUUUGGAGUGGUGUUGUUUGAAGUUCUAUGUGCUCGUGCAGUUGUGAAGCCUAACCUUCCUAGAGAACAAGCAAACUUGGCAAGAUGGGCCACGACUCGCUACAAAAGUGGCACCCUCAAUACCAUUGUGGAUCCUGAUUUAACUGGCCAGAUUUCUCCCGAAUGUCUAAGAAAGUUUGGAGAGAUAGCUAGUAUGUGUGUACGAGAUCGUGGGAGCGAACGUCCGCCAAUGGGAGACAUAGUUUGGGGCUUAGAGUUUGCCUUACAACUUCAAGAAGCUGCUGAGAAGAACAACACUGAUGGUGCUGAUUUCGAAGAUUCCAUACCGACAAGCAUAGAUAUUCAUGAACAUAUAUUAAAUUAUGAUUCAUACGUAUCAGGGGAUGAUCUUUCCAGGAGUAGUAAUGUAGUUGGUUCCCUUGAAAACAGGUUAUUGGACAGUAAAAGUAGUGCAAGUCAUUCAUCAGAUUAUCCUAUUGAUAAGUCUGCUUCAGUAUUCUCUGAAAUCAUGGAUCCAAAAGCCAGAUAAUAAGUUUAUUAAAUUCUUAUAUCUUAUACUUCAAACAUGUAUAUGAGUACUGUUAUUAAUUGUUCAUCUUGAGAAAUAAUGUUGAUUUUUUGGAGGUUGUCAAGUCU